GUAGUUUCUCUCCUUUACAAUCGCCUCAUUCGACUCUCUAUUCCUCUCACCAUGGGUACCGCCCUGUCCACCUCGUGGGCGUCUCUCCCGUCCAUCGCGGAGUUCUUCCCUCCAACCCCGGCGGCAUACACAACUGUCCUAACUAUUUUCCAGUACUUCCCGGUGUGCACUAUUCUGCAAUGGCUCCUUUCUUGGCACCCAGCGGGUAAAACAUCUCUUAAGAGCUCGAUGUUCAAUAUCCCUGGCCAAGUAGCUUGGUGCGCCAUGGAGAUCGUCGGUCCUAUCAACUUGCUCUACAACCUGUCCCAGACCACGCCGUCCUUGACUGAGCUGCCUGCAAUCAACCAACUGGUUGCGACUCUCUACUGUGUGCACUAUGCCAACCGCGCCGUGAUCUCACCCUUUUUCUCGGCACCGAGUAUGUCGCCCAUUCACAUUUUCGUGAUGGUCAGUGCCAUGGGCUUUAACUGGUUGAAUUCGUUUUGUCUGGCUGGGUGGUUAUCCGGCUAUGAAAUUCCUAUUUCCGGGUUCCGCACCAACGGCGCCGAGGCGCUGGUUUCUUCGUCCAUGUCUUCUGAUUCGCUCUCGCUGGUUCAGAUCCUCCCCUUCGUGGGGACUGCCUUGUUUAUUAUCGGCAUGGCUGGUAACAUCUACUCAGAGACCGCACUAUUCCGAUUCAGAAGGGAGGAAGCGGAAAAGCGUGUCGGGAAGAAAUCAGACGAUAAGGCCCCUGCCGGCGGAGUCAACAAGUUCCACAAGGUCUAUGUCAUUCCACCCGCCAAGGGCGUCUUCCGGUCUAUCCUGUACCCACACUACGUGUUCGAGUGGUUGGAGUGGACUGGCUUCGCCCUCGCUGGAGUCGUGGUAUUCCCCCUCUCUCUAUCGACGAAGGUCGGCACUGCCACUAGUGCGGCUGUUGCUCCACCGCUUCGACCUGCUCCCUGGAUUAUCCCUGCGGCAUGGGCGGCGGACCGGUUAGGAGUGCCUCUACCUCUGCCCGCUGUGCUGUUCGCGAUUAAUGCCGUUGCCAAUAUGCUGCCUCAUGCACGCUGGGGCCGGAAAUGGUAUGUUGAGAAGUUUGGGGAGAAGGGUGUUGCUGGACGAGGUGCUGUUGUGCCUUGGUGCGAAUGGAUGUGA